UGAAGCAGAAAAUUUACGAGUCAUUAACUGGAGAAAAAAAGCACAAGUGCAGCAUUCUACAAUACCAUGCUGUGUUACGGGAGAAGCUUCUAAAAGCUAAACUAGAAACAUUUAAAACUAUAGUAUGCAUUUCCUGUAAAACCAGUUACUACUCCACCACGGCGAGGAGUUUCUAUUUAAUUACUGGGAAGUAUAACCCUGAAGCAAGGUAGGAACAAACUUCAAAAGUUUUAGCUUGAUCAAACUGCUGCUGUUACUGCGAUCAGAGAAGUUAAGGUAGUUUGUACUGUCUCUGAAAAAGACUGCAAAAUCAAGUUCUGGAAACUACAAAUAUAAUCAGCCUUGAGGAGAUGUCUGGAAUAAAUGUCUACAGACUAUAGCUUUUACUAACUAAUAAUGCCAUUACAAGACUUCCAAGGAAAAAAGAAUUCUGUAAUUUUAAGAGUUUUAUUUAUUGAAAGAAAACAGAUGUUGUAAUGUAACUCCAGGUCAGCAUUAAAUGUGUUUACUUUGAUGCUGGAUAAAUUUCUACAUCUCUGCACCAAUUAGAAAAAAAAAAAGAAAAGAAAAGAAAACACAAUGAACAGAUCCACCUGCAGCCUCAGCAACACUCUGUCAGAAUUUUUUUCUUAAGCGUAAUUUACUUUCGGAGCUACUGAAGACAUCAGCUAAGAAGUGAUAUACAAUGUAAAAACAAAGCUAAUGUGAAGAUCAGUAUUGCAGACUGAAAAAAGAAGCACUAUGUGGAGCUGUGUUUCAUUAAAUGAUACAGAGAAAACUGUGGACCAGCAACUCUGUCAUGACUUUCAUCUGGUUCUUUCAGUCUUAGCCUUUGUCUACCUCAUUAUAUGUCUCCCUACUGGCCUUUGUUACAACAUUCUGCUGGUCCUUGUUAACAUUUACAACAAAGCAUCGAUGACAAUGCCUGAUGUUUACUUUGUCAAUAUGGCCAUUGCAGGACUUAUAAUUAACAUGGUGGCACCUCUGUAUCUUUUAGGACCUGAAAAUACAACAUGGACCAUUUGGAAUGUUAACAAAGAAAUUUACAUAACAUUACUAAUUUUAAUCAAUAUCUCAUCUCUAGUUACAAUGUACUCCGCCACUCUGCUGAGUCUGGACUAUUACAUUGAGCGUGCUUUACCAAGAACGUAUAUGUCUAGUGUUUACAAUACAAAACAUGUUUGUGGAUUCAUAUGGGGCGGAGCUAUUCUUACAAGUUUUUCAUCUCUUCUCUUUUAUGUCUGUAAUCACGUCUCCAACAAAAUUUUAGAAUGCUCCAAGAUACAAAAUAAAGAGGCUGCAGAUGGCAUCAUGGUAUUUAUUGGCUAUGUAGUACCAGCUUUAGCCAUAUUUUAUGCUUUUGUACUGAUUCUGAGAAUUAAAAAGGAGUCCACACCACUUGACCAAGACACUGGCAGGUUAGAUCCUUCUGUACACAAACUGCUGAUUGCAACUGUCUGCACCCAGUUUAUUCUCUGGACUCCUUAUUACAUGACUCUUCUUGUGCACAUAGUUUCAGCAAUACAAGGAAAGUUAACAGGAGGAUACUACAGCAAAAUAUUUUUUUUUCUCAAAGGACUGUCUAAAUUCUUGGCCUUCUCUAGUAGCUUUGUUAUACCUUUAUUGUACAGAUAUAUGAAUAAAAACUUCCCAUACAAACUCAGAAGGUUGCUCAAAAAACUGCACUGUGGAAAUCAAGGUUGUUCACAUGAACGUACGGUCGUGCAGCAAGUUGUAACCUAAAAUUCUACACACUGUACCAACAGCAAAACAAGUCUGUUAGCUCCUGACUUCGGUGGCAGCAGUCUGGGCUGAAAUUAUGCAAAGCAACACUCUAGCAGAACCUGCAAAUUGUCAGUAGCAGUUGUAUUUUACAGGGUGCCUUUUCUGAAGGUAGAUGCUAUUUUUAUGACAAUGACCAUGGAUAUUUAUGAGACUUGAUAACUGUCCACAGUGGUUGCUACCGCUGAGUGGAAAGUUCUGUUUAGUUUAGUGUGACAUAACUAAGUAGAAUUACUGCAGUUCUGUUCAGCUUUGAUAAGUGUUUUUUUUUUGUUUUCUGAACUGCUUCUCAGUAAAAAAAAUUAGAUGCCUCAACAAAAUCCCAGUUGCUCUGAAACACCACAAUAUGAAUUUGAACAUAUGGUUUGAAUAGUUCUAGUGAUUGACUUGUGGUAUUGGUUGUUAACUUAGUCAUAGGCAAGUGUAGGUAAUGAUAUUGACAUUCUAUACUUUUAGCUACACUAUCUAGUCCCUUGGCACAUGAGCACUGCGUUUACUGCUGGCAAUCUGUAACAGUGUGUAAAGACCAGCAGUGACUUGCAAUCCAUGACUGUAUUCAUUUGCAAAGUUUACAAAAUGAGAAGAGUCUAUUAAUGAAGUACCUAAUAAAAGCUAAGGACAGCUAUUAUACAAAUAUAUAUAUAUAUAUAUA